UGUAUUAAUUAUUUUGUUGUAUUUAUAUUGUCGUUUUAUUAGUAUACAAUAUAUUUUGUUUAAUUUCGUAAAUAUAUUGUAGGUAUUUUAUACUUUUUUUUUUUUUAUUUGAAAGAUAACGUUUAGAAACUAUAGUAGAAUAUUAGUAACAUAAUAUGUAUGUGUAGGUAUGAAUAAUUUACAGUAUUUUGUUAAUUGCAAUAAGUUACAACUGCACUGAUAUUUAAAAUUAAUAGCUACUCAUUAAAUAAUUGAUAGCUAUAAUAGAAAAGCAAGUUGCUAAUAAUUUUGUAAACUAAUUUCUUCGAAGGAAAUCCAUUAAUAGUUUGAUGUAUGUAUUUAAACUUUUGAUAAUAAAUUUUAGUUCAUUAAUCAGUAGUUCUUGCUGUGAAGUGGAGUGAAAUUAUAAAUAGAAAUUAAUUAAAAUGAACGUUCAAGUGUUGAUUUUUCUACAUAUAGUACUCAUUGUUGUCGAUGCAGAAUUAAGUAUUUUCUCGAAACCUGUUGUUAAUUUAUAUACAAAUCCAAUGACAACGACAACUCAAAAAUUACCAGAUAUUAGACAAAAGCAAUUGAUUUUUCCAAUGAAAUUGGGCAAAUUUGUAAUAACGUCGAAACCUCAUUCAAAUAUGCAAAUGUAUACGCCGCGUUCCACUAUGAUGACAAAAAUGUUUCAAAUGAAAAAUAUUAAAUCUUAUAUUGAAAAAUCUGUACAGACUGAAUUUAUUCCAGUAACUAGACUUACACUGCUGAAAUCUAUGGAAUUCACUGUGAAUCCUUUUAUUGAACAAAUUCCUCGACAAAUAGUAGACAGAAAACUUAAUGUAAUUUUAAAAGAUCAAGUGAAGUCAGAAGGCCCACAGGAUCAUAUAAGAGAUGAUAAUAAAAUUUUUGAAAAAUCAGAUGUAAAUAAUGAUGACUGGGAUAUUGCAACAGAUGUUGUAGAUAUUUUUGAAGAAGAUCUGUCUGAAACAGAUAGUCAAAUAAAUGAAGAAUCAACUCAUGAAAAAUUAAAUACUGAAUUACCUAUUCAAGGACUUGGAAAAGGAACUUAUUGGAGUAAUGUUCAUGUUCCUUCUGAUACUUCUAACGAAAUAAUUGAUAAUAGUGAGUUUAUAUUCAUAAAAGACCUGGGAAAAAUAACCAACAAAGACCAAUUGCUUGAUAACGUGACGAAAUGAACAUGAAGAAAGAGUGACAAAUGUGAUGAAUAACUCUAAAUUAAGGUCGAAAAGACAUACCAACAAUAAUGUAAUUGAAGAGGAGAAUUUUGGUACAACAAUCUCAGGAUUUAAGUUUACUGGGCGAGAUCGCGACGCUCGUCUACAUAGCGAAUUGAUUUUCAAAAAUAUUCAUGU